UCAUAUCGUACUCUCCACCGGUCCGCGCAACGAGACGAACCUGAGAAAAACGCCACCAGACCGACAUGGAGUCUAAACCCGCUCCUCUCGCCGUCUGCUUGGCUGUGGUUUCCGUGUUCAUCGCCCAACAUGGACGGGUUAGAGGACAACUCUCCCCACCGGUGUGUCAGACCUGGAACUCAACAACUGUCGUGUGUAAAAGGGAUGGACUGAAUUCUCCAACCCGUGCGCCUCUAACCCAAGUACCCCCCGGCAUCCCCGAGUCUGUCAUCACGGUGGAUCUCAGUAAGAACAACAUAACUAUACUGUAUAACUUCUCGUUUAGUGGGUUAAGAAACCUGAGAUCCUUAGACCUGUCUGGUAAUCCUAUAGAGACUAUCGAGGUUGGUACGUUUGCAAGGUUAGAAAAAUUACAAGUUCUAGAUAUUGGUUAUUCGUAUUUAAGAAAUGCACAAACGUAUCCUCUUCAUAAAGGAAUAUUCCAAGAUCUGCGAAACCUUAACUAUCUGACCGUGAGGACUUACACCGAUACAGUCGCCAGUGAGGGAGUGUUCACGGGGUUAUCUAAACUCAGGACUUUGGUACUCGGCGUGAAAAAUAUCAGCAAUUUACCCGAUCAUAUUUUUGAUCCUUUGACUUCAUUGGAAAGUCUAGAGAUAUCGGAACUCAUCGAUGACAUAGAAGAGGACCUAAAUACCACCACGAGACGAGUCCACAGCGGAGGUGGGUUCUUACAACGACGCCUGCUGUGGGCACCGCUGCACAACCUUAAAACAUUGAGUCUCAACAUCAAUCUAGUACCAAGAGCCAGUGACUUCUACUUUGGACCUGUAUUUACAAAUAUGUCUGGAUUAGAGAGUAUAAAAAUAUUUCCAAUUUCCCUCAAUGCUCAAAUGUUCCGGCCGUUAUUACCGACUCUGAAACAUUUACGCGCUGGCGUUCAGAUAGCUCCCGGCCUGCUGAAGUCACUCACACAUCUGCAGACGCUGGAUCUCUACGUUCAUUUGUAUUCGGACAUUAUUGACGUUCUGCCUGAACUCCAACACACGCAGAUUCGGGAGUUGACAUUAGUCAGUCUGGAAACGUCGGAAUUAACAUUUGACACUCUUGCGGGAAUAAAAGGCCUGGAAAUUCUGAAAACUUUGAUUUUUAACGUCGGUUUUUUAUUGGUCGCCAUAGAAGCUAACGCCUUUGCGGGUUUGUUACAUUUGCAAAGGCUAGAUCUGACGCACGGCUUCUCCGCGACGGGUACGGGGACUUUGCACGACAAGGCGUUCAGCGGACUGCCCUCACUCACUCAUCUGAACUUGACAAGUAUCCAAAUUUCUACUUUGCCACAAUAUGUAUUUGAAGGACUGUUCUCGCUCACUCAUCUAGAUUUGAGCCACAACUACUUGGAAACCUCCCGAGCUCAGCUUCCAGAGACCUUGGACUAUCUUGAUCUCAGUCAAAAUAAGUUACACAACAACAAUCUAGAUAUGGGUCAAGCAUGUUACAUCCCCAUAUCAUUUAACUUCAGUGGUAUAAAAAGCCUGAAUCAUUUGAAUAUGAGUCAUAAUGAAAUUGAACUAGUUACCGGCGUCGAUUGUCUCCCUCGGAAUAUCACUGUGCUUGAUUUGCAACACAACAAUCUGGCAUCAUUCGUCUAUCCACUCUGCAAUGCAAGUUUACGGUAUCUCGACCUUUCUAACAAUAAACUCGAUAGUUUUUUCGAACAUGGUAAUUUUUGGAAUUGUGGGCGACCAGGCAUAGAUACACUCAAGCUGGAUAACAACGGUAUAACAGAAAUACAAGGAAUACCAGAAGGAAUAAUGAGAAGCUUGAAGACACUGACUCUUUCUCACAACCAAAUCCAGCGUAUCGAAACAGGACAACUGACAUGGUCGGACCAACUGGAACAUUUGGAUCUGAGUCAUAACGAGAUCAACACCGUCAUGCCAUCCGCCUUCCGUGGACUAUGGCGGCUACAGUUCCUGGAUCUCAGUAGCAACAAUAAGAUAAAGAAUAUAACUAAGUCAACAUUUAAAGGUUUAGGAAACCUUAUACAUCUAAACCUGGAAGCCAACAGGAUAGCAGUGAUUGGGGACGUCGACGCCUUUCGGUAUUUGUACGGGCUGAGACACCUAAAUCUGAGGAGCAACAGGUUGACUGUUUUAAAUCAAACAACACUGAGUCCUGUUGUCUCCUGGUUAGAGACUGUCGACAUUGCAGACAACCCGUUUCUGUGUGACUGUAAUUCAAUGUGGUUUGUUGAAUUGGCCCAGGAUAAAUACGACAGGGUAGCGAACUGGCACAACCCCUAUCCUGACUUCGGCCGAGGGUACACAUGUUCCCGUCCAGCUGGAUUGCGUGGAAGACGUUUAAAAGACGGGCUGACGCAGAAACAACAAUCUAAGGACAGACAGGAUCCAUCGGAACGAAAGUUCUUCGAUAUGGUCUGUAAUCAUGGAUUCCGGCCCAACCGCCUCCUGGCUUGUGUGCUCGCCUCUUCGGGCAUCUUCGUCGCCAUGACGACCAUUUUCCUGGUCGACUACCACGUCGGCCGUGUUCAGUACUACCUGUGGAUGUUGGACAAGUGGAGGAGACCGAAGAUUGGCGAAGUAAAGAACCAAGAGCCGCACAGAUACACGCACGAUGCUUUUCUUGCAUACAACAACCGGGACGUCGGCUGGGUUAUACAUCAAGCGAUAGGGAAUCUGGAACCUGACUACAGUCUGGUCAUACACGAAAGGGACUUUGCAGUGGGCGCUCCCAUUGUGGAAAACAUCGCGGAUGCCGUGGAAAACAGCCGGAGAACCGUCUGCCUCAUCACCAGGAACUUUCUGAAGAGUAAGUGGUGUGAGUACGAGUUCCAGCUGGCCCAGUACCACAUGUUUGAGAAGGGGGGAGGGAGGCGUCUCAUCCUGGUGUUUCUGGAGAGGAUUCCUAACGAAAUGCUGAAACAGUUCCGCCAUCUGAACGCCGUAGUGAAGAGGGACACGUACCUGAUGUGGCCACACGACGUGCGGAAAAGGCCGCUGUUCUGGAGGCGGCUGCGAGACGCUCUGGGCGAUCCUCUACCCCGGGACCCAGAGCCUCAGCAGCAGGUACAGGGUCCGGAACAGAACGCUCCGGAACGGAACAUUCUGGAAGAGCCGGUACGGAACAUUCCGGAAGAGCCGGUACGGAACAUUCCGGAACAGCAAGAACAACGUCCAGUAAGGGACAUUGUGGAAGUGCAGGUCCAUGCUCCCAUGCGGAACAUUCCGGAACUGCAAGAUGGCAUUCUAUUCCCAGAUCCAGACGACCAAUGGUUUGAAGAUGGGGAUGCCAUUCCCCUUUUGCCCCUGUAGAUCAAGUUUACCGUGUCAUCAGACUGUUAUUGUUUUGGAGUACAUAUUUUGUGUUGUUAUUCAAGAAAAUUGUAUCUCUUUUGUGAUAAGUCUACUGUA